AUGUCGCAAGACAGAGCAAUCGAGCGACUAAGGCAACUUGACACAGUCUCCACAGAGACGAGAGUGAAGCCCCAUGCGGCGGCGACCAUCAAGUCAGAGGUCGACGCUGUGUGCAAAGCAGCACGAGAACAUGGGCUAUCCUCCCUAGCGUUAGGAAAUCUCAUUGAUCUACUCACCUCGCAGGCUACACUAGAUCAGGCCAGUCAAAACGUCCUGCUGAGGUCAUUGUACCCCGCCGCGAAGGUCGGACGCGAUGUGGUAUACAUGAUUGUUUUCUCUCUUGGUCCUGGAAAGCAGAAACCAUCAAAUUCAACCCAAAGUGGCCUUUUAAGAUGGCUUGUGUUAGUCUUCGACCUGGUAGACCCAUCUUCUGUCUUCUCGGAUUGUUAUAACGUACUGUUUAAUCUCGUUGACGUGCUUUACCUGCGUCUGCAUCUUUGCCACCUGCUUACUAGAAUUACAAAAAGGAAGCAUGUCAAAGCCUACAGAAUUGAUAUGCUGAGGAGAUCUGAGGAGGGUAUCACAAAAGAUGCAAGCAUUGCCAAGCUAGUGAGCAUUUAUGAGUUUUUGAAGCCUGGAAGCUUCGACUUGUCAAAGGUGAAAUUGCCUGUUACGUUUGCGCAUGCGGAUCCUCAUUGGACCGAGGAUUUGGAAUCUAUACAGCGUCGAAAUGGGGACAGCUUUCUUACAGGCCGACUGACUAAAGAUGAUUCAAAGUACGGCGCUAUGCGUAAGGAUUUCUAUCAGCCUCACGGAUCCAAGAGACUGUCAGACCAUUUUGUCUGCCCAGAAACUCUCAGCGAGGUUGCUACAAGUUUUGAGAGAUUCGACUUGUCCGAGACAAGUUGCUCUGACCUUGCGGAUCGCAUCUUUCAAAGGAGUUUGGAUCUACAGUACGAGGCAGAGCAUCUAGGUCAAAUUCAUGAGAUGCUGGAUGUGUCCCUUGAAGGCGAGCUUGAGACCUUAGAUGAUGUGGCUGAAAUGGUCCCAAAGGUAUUGCAUCCUCCCGUUGUCAAUUUCUUCAAAUCCUAUCUUCCGAUAUGGAAGCCAGCCAUCGAAUUCGAGAAAGAACCAUUGAUUCUCGAACUCCUCUCAUACGUGCCAAUUCUUCCAUGGGAAGAAAUCUACCCUCCAAUUUUGCAACCUAUGGAAUUGGCUCUCCUAGACUCUACCAUUGAAACCCUCAAGACUCUCACCCAAUUCUAUACGCAUCUCAUGAGACACUGGAAUACACUUCUCCGACAAUCCUCAAAUCGAGUCACCCUCUCCCAUCAAAUAGAGACAAUCCAAAAGUUGAGCACUCAUACCUUCCUCCUUGCUCUCAACACUCUCAUAUACUCAACAACCCCAACACAACAAACAACUUCCGUCAUCCUCACCUACCUCGAAGCCCACACAGCCAUACUCUCCCCACCUCUCUCCUUACCUCUCCCUCCCCCUCUCCCCCUCCUAAUCUACACCCUCCUCUUCGCCUCUCCAACCCUCUCCACGGUCUCCCGUGUCUCCGCCAUUCUCGCCCGCUACAAACACGCCUUUGAGCAGGCACCGUCAUCUUCUGGCCCCCGAAAUCCAGAGGACAUCCACUCGCUAAACACCGUGCUGAUCGACACCUGCAACCUGCUUCUCCGCUCGCGGGGGUUCAACAUUACGGAUACGCAUGCGAAAGGAUGUUUGAUUCAGAGGCCGCUUGUGGACGCCUUGGGUAGGUACGCGAAGAGUCUGACGCCGCCGCUGGAUUUGGCGCAUUGCUUCUCGCUGUCGUAUCAUACAGGUUUGGCGAGUUCGAGCACUGCAGCCUUCAAGGAGCUAGAGAAGCAGAGCGAGGUGGAGGUGGAGCAUGAAGGACUGGUGAGCCCGAAAAGUCUGCAGACGUUGGGAAGGGAUGGUGGACUCAAAAUAGGAUGGAGAGAGUAUAGGGUGCAUGUAUUGAAGUGGUUGGAAGGCUUUGGAGCUGAUGGAGUCGGCAACCUGGGACGGGCUACGAUGCGAGGCUUGAUGGGUGGAGAGAAGGGGAGGGAGAGUGAUGUUGCCAAGGUUUGA